CAAUUGUUACAGUUCUUUACCUUUAAUAUGUUUUCUCUUAAUUCCGCAAAUCUGCUAUCCUCCAUUUUUAGCCAACCUGUCGUUCGCUGUACAAAAAUGUCAAAAGAAGUACCGUUUGCCGUGACCAGUGUCUUUGCGACGAUCACUGGUUCGGUUCUUUUUUUGCUGAUUCGGCAUGCGGUGAUUUUCUGUCCCUGCACGCAGCUUCCACAAGGAGGUAAAUGUCGCGUGUACACGACAAAUCAACGUAGUGGGGAGGAGGGUCGCGCCAGCAAUUUUGAUCUGGGUCGCACACAACCUGUGCAGCAAAUAACGACAAAUGCGCAGUCUCUUUCAUCGACAUCGACCUCAAGUGAUCCUACUUCUUCAAGCAGCGUAGCACAAGCACUAAAUCUGGUCCCUCUGAGUUUUGCCGAAGCCCGAAAAACGUUCCAACCAUGUACGCGGAAUAGCCAAGAACAGAGCUCUCGACCCGGCGUCGCGUGCCUACCCCCAGCGAUGCACUAUCCAUACGAUUAUGCUUGCAAGUUCAUUUCAUUUGAUGAAUAUGUUUGCAUGUAACCAUGCAGUGAGCAGCGUCCAUGUCAUUAACAUACCGUACGUGCAUAGUGCUUCUUGUUCUGUGAUUUUGAAGCUCUAACAUAAGCAUGAAACGCGAUGGCGUGUACAGUUGGGAGAAAGGGUGCGUUCCGCUGUCUCUCCAACGUCGGAGAGAGAGGCGACCUGGUUAAAGCAACAAUGUGGAGGAUUUCUUAUGUCAGAUACAACUGAUCCUUUUUCUUAAUCUUCAGGUGAUACGCAAUUAUAGACCAUCUUCUAAGUACUCGUUGCAUCUGGCAAGUACUUUGAUCGUGAACUACCUCAUCUUCACAUAAAGAUUUAAAUAUGUCACAAGAUUUCAUUCCGCUUUCAUACCUCGCCUUUUCGGAGAUAGCUCCUGGUGUAAAAGAGCGCUACCAGUUGUACCCGCGUCGAAGACGAGGAAAGUCGUGGGUUUAUCCUUCGGUAUUGAAGAGCGGGAUCUUUGGAGCGAGAAAAUGAGUAACUGGUUUCACGUGCCGACAAUGCUUUUCGAUUGUUACCAGAAUCCAGCACAGUCUCCAGCUUUACGGGGUUCUGCGCCUAAUGCGACAGGUCAGCAUGGGUGCAAAGAAGACGGUCCCCACUGCUACGAAGCGGCCUAUUGGCCGCACCAAAUUUGUCUCGGGGUUUCUGGCGAUAGAACCACAGGGAACAAUAACGGAAAUGGACUAGAGGCUGAGACAACAACUGAAUCGAGUGGAGGUGCUACCGGAGCCUCUUCUAGCCAGGCUGGAUCGUCAGCAGGUUCUUCUUUGAGCAAGUUGACGUCCGCAACCUUGCCGACAUUCAGAUACGGAUCUGAGGGACGAAAAUUUUCUACGCUGGAAGGGAUCAUGACUUCGGGUUACAUUCCUGCUACUCUGGGGUAUGCGAAUCAUGACCUUGGAGAAUUGUCCAUAUAUCUCAAGAUAGACAUUGAGGGCAGCGAAUGGGGGAUAUUGGAGAAUCUUGUGAGGAACCGAAAGAUUAUGAUUUCAGGUUGUCAUCUACAUCUUUUUCACUCGUUUGGUUGCCUGGAGUAGAAGCAAACUCGUUUUGCGAGAUUCAUUUCUCCCCUCUGAGAACGAAGGAACACGAGCAGGAAGUUCUUGGUUUCCAUCCUUUUGAAAUGAAGGUCCAUACGUACUGGCUGCCUGCAGCUUCUUCUAACUUUUUGCACAGAAAAAUCCGCACGCUUGAUAUGGAGAUUCAUUUUGGCCUGUCACGGGAUCCUGGGUCAGCUCGAUUGGGCGAAAAACGACGCGUAGAAAGGGAGAUCGCUAUACUUUUAAGGCGCCUAGCUCUAUAAUAUGAGGAUAGGCACUAUCGUAGUUCUAGAAGCCUUGCACUAUGACUAUCCCUUAAUAUGAGGAUAGGUACUAUCGUAGUUCUAGAAGCCUUGCACUAUGACUAUCCCUUGAUAUGAGGAUAGGUACUAUCGUAGUUCUAGAAGCCUUGCACUAUGACUAUCCGUUGAUAUGAGGAUAGGGACGGGACUAUCGUAGUUCUAGAAGCCCAAGCCUCGCACUAGGACUAUCCCUUUGUCUCGUGGAUUCUAAUACCAGAAUCGCUGCGUCAAGUCUUUUAUGUUACCGGGAGUACCUUGGAGGUCUACCGCGAAGGCUGGCAUCCCGCUAAGGAUUGCCAGGCACGCAAUUGUCCAGAGCCUUUGGUCCAUUUAGCUGGCGGUAUGUCAGUUGGCGCACUUGCAGUUUCAUAUGUUAAUAAACGGUUACUCGAUCAUGGAGAUUCUUAA